GUUUACAAAUGCUUUGUUUGAAACAGCAGCGAUGGCAAAGUUUGCAGGUUCCAAAGUGCACAAUGGAGGACCUCCUUGUCAGAUGCCUGAAGGCACCGCCAAGAUGUGUGAAACAGGAAACUUAUCAAAUGACCCUACAAGCUCAUUAUCGUACUAUGGCGAAUCAUCUGAUUCAUACUACCGUGUUGACCGCUGGCAAAAACUCCGAACAGCUGUCCGGAAGCUAGAGUUCUGGGAAAACUUCAGUGCUGAACUGGCAGGAUGUGGGUUCUUUUCUAACGUUUACAAAGUGACUCACAACACAACUCAUAAAGUUAUGGUGGUCAAAAUCUACAAGCAGGACAUUGACCAGGAUGUCAUUGUACGGGAGAUCAGCCUUCUCCAGAAACUUUCUCAUCCUAACAUAGUCAGAUAUCUUGGUGUGUGCGUUAAAGAAGAUAAGCUGUACCCUAUGCUUGAGUAUAUUAAUGGUGGCUGCCUAGAAGAGCUACUAGCCAAUAAAGAGGUUAACCUGACUUGGAAGGAAAAAGUGGAUCUUGCAUCAGACAUUACACGAGGAAUGGUGUACCUACACUCAAAGAAUAUUUAUCACAGGGACUUAAACUCCAAGAACUGCUUGAUUAGGAUAACGGCACGUGGGAGAGAGGCCUUGGUUACAGACUUUGGGCUAGCACGGGAGGUCGUUGAGUUGCCUACGAAGGAUCUUGAACGGAAGCUGUCCUUGGUUGGAUCAGCCUUCUGGAUGGCACCUGAAAUGCUGCGGGGUGAACCUUAUGACAGGAAGGUUGAUGUUUUCUCCUUUGGUAUAGUAUUGUGUGAAAUACUUGGCAGAGUCACCGCUGAUCCUGAAUUUCUUCCCAGGACACAGGAUUAUGGACUGAACUCUGAAGCAUUCAAGGAAAUGGUGAAUGGCUGUCCAAAAGCUGUCCUGGAAUUAACGGUUAACUGCUGUAGGAUUGAUGCCUUCAAGAGACCGUCCUUCCUUGAAUUACUGGACCAACUUGAGGAUGUGGCUGAAAGCUUGGAGCCAAAUGAGGACAAUGAGAUCCUUGUAUGAAUUUGUCAGUGUUUGACUCUGCCACAAGGCCUUACUUGGUUGAUAGCAACCACUGUUAUCUUUGUACAGUGUAUUAACAAAGAGAAGAUAAAAUGGAUCUUUGAAUGUGGGACUUAAAUAUGUAUUAGAAAAAGCUUAUUCACACGUGAUAGUGAAAAGACACACUCCAUUGCCUAAACACAUCAGUUUGUUGAUCAUAUGGGAGUGGCACAAUUUGGACUUUGAGUUAUAAAGUUAAAUCAGCUAUAUUAAUUCAGCCAUCUGUUAUACUCUCAACUGACUUUUAUUUCCACAAAUGGAGAUUAAAUUGGGAAGAGAUGUAUAAUGGAUGGCUGAUUUGAUAUCGUCCCAUUUUUCAUUGUUACUCAAAUUCCAGAUUAUCCCACCCUCAUUAAACAGAAUUCAAGGUUUUAACUUUCAGCAUUUGUUGGAAAACUGCCAUUACGACUCUGUAUCUGGGUUACUAGGCAGAUAAGUGUUUUUGUUCAAUCCAUUAUAUUUGAUGGACUGUACAUCAUGAAAACUGUUCUCACAGGCAACGCAACUUCUGUGAAACUAGAGCUGUAAAUUUUACCAAGAGUCCAUUCAGUGAAACACCCUUUCAUUAGUGAAUUUCUUCUGUAAUGCUUUUCAGUAUUUUUUAAAUUGCCUCAUGCUAAACAUAUUUUCUGUAAGUUGCUUAUGUUGAAUAAUUUAAAAGAAACAUUAGAGAAAGAAAAACGAUCGCACAUUAAAUUUGUAUAAGCAAUGUUUUUGAAUUUUUAUUUUUCCUGCAAGACAAGUGACUUCCAAAGAUUAGCAGUAAUGUUCGAUGAACUCAACUUGGUUCAUCUCAAUUGUCACCCAUCAAACACCAAGAUCAGUUUUAAUCUAUAGAAGUGCCUCACCACAUAUCACGUAGGAGAAAGAUACAGUAAUAUUGAUCUGAAUUCUUAAAAGGUGUAUCCCUCAAUUGACUGGAAAUUCAGUCUAAGGCUCAGUAAAGCCAGUUCUGGUAAACUUUCUCCAGAAUAGGAAAUUCCUCCUGCAUUCACUUUUAUUGGUCCUUCAAUGACAUUAUACCAGCCUUACCAAUAAUGCCUCAUAUUUACUGUACCGCAUUCACCGAAGAAGGCAGCAUUGUGUCCCCAGUAAAUGUCAAAAGUGAACAGAAGCCAAGAAUUACAUUUUUUUUAAAAAGGCUGACUCAUUGUGAUUAAGUCUAACUUAAAGUGUCAUUCUAGUGUAUAUAAUUGCAAUUAUUACCCUCUGAUAAAUAAUAUUUUGAUAACUAAUUGUAAAAAAAUUGAGUUUUAACUUAGUGAGCACACUUUAUCAAGUACUAUAAGUACUGUUCAUACCGAUAAAUAAUCAAAAAGUAUUUAGUAUCUAUUCCUUUAAUGAAUUAAUUACUCAUUAUCGUAAAAAUAAACCUGAUUAUUCAACGUUCUGUUGGAAAAGAAAAGGGUAAGUUGGAUAUAGCAACUCCUUUGAUUGUUCACUUAUUAAGAACUUGCAUUUAUAUAGUGCCUUUCACUUCCAAAGGAUGUCUGAGAAUACUUUACAGCCAACUAUUGAAGUCUAGUCAUUGUUGUAAUGUAGGAAACUCAACAAGCUUGCACAUAGCAAGUUCAUACAGAGAUAGUGGGUAGAAAUUUAACGGCCUAUGUAGAUAAGCUCAGGUGCUUGUGGGCAUGGAAUAUCAUGAACUUGGAAGACGUCACUGAUUCCUGAGUAACAUGUUUAGAUUUUCAAAGGGAGGGGUUGUGUGACAGGCGCUGGCAAUCCACAAACCUCAAAUUAGUUGGUUAAUGCAACUAAUAAUAGUGUGGAACAUAAUAGAUAGAAAUUUUCAAAUGGCCAGCGUGGGAAGCAUGGAGUGUAUAGGGCAUUUUUUGAGUAUAACUAUGGGGAACACAUUGAAGAGGUAUUAGUACCAGCACUGCAGUGCAAACAUGUUGCACAAAAGGGGGAAGAGUUCAAGCUCAGUUUCUCAUAAAUUGGCACAGGAUUACCUUGCUAGAGCUGAGGGGCUUGGUUUUGUGAGGAGAGUGUGUUUGGACUCUUGACAGGAAUGUAUAGCACCUGAAGUGAUGCCUGCUUUUCUGACCUGUUGGAGUUCUUCUGCUGAAUGGAGGGAUGAGGGCAGCUCUCCUGUCUGCCAUAGCCUCGAUCAGACCCACUAAAGUUGGCAUCGGAAGUACAUAAGGUUCCCCCCAGUUGCGUGCUGAACUCACCUCUGGUCCAAUUAGCAAUAUUUGAGAAUGGUUUCACAUCACUGCUACUACUGUGAUGUGGUGUCAGGAGCUGGGAAUAUUCCAGGUGUCACUUUCCUGACUCUUGGCUGAAAAUUUGUCCCAAUUAGACCAUUUGUCUUUAUUUUCGGAGGAGAAUGUUGGUCAAGGGAUAUAUAUCGGCAAGGAAACCAAUUAAAAGGCAAUACUGAAAUCAAAUUGAUGUUUAGACAAGCAAGGUGUAGGUUUGGUUCUUGAUCUGUGCUACGUUUGCUAAUAUCACUUAGUUGCUGCAGCUAUUUGUAUCAUUACCCUGUGAACUGUGGAUGUACUGGAAAGUAGAUAAAAUGUAAAGAUAGACAUGAAAACAGUCAUAACAUUUUUUUCAAUUACUAGUAGCUGGGCUAAAAUAUAAAGGGAGAAAUGGUGUUUAAAUUCUCCUUUAGUUCUCUUAAGCUACAUCUUGGAAUUGUAAAACACAAUUCAGAAUACUUCAAUACAGUGGUGAAAAUCUUUGCAGUUUAUAACUAAAUUUUGAAUGCUAUAUGCCACUUUUGAUGUGCAUAUUGUUUAGGAUAGAACUGUUAUCAUUUUUUUCCUUUGAUUCAUUUUAACCUUUGCUACUGCUGGUUUGGGGAAGAUGGGGGUGAUGCAUCUAUUGUAUUUAUUGAUGAAUUGAUGCUGCAGUUUUCAUUGCUGACCUUUUUCAAGUUCAAUCUUUGGAGUAGGUGAACAGCGAAACAGUUAUUGCAGUUUCUUGCAUGACUCUGAAGGUGAUUUGACACUUUUAUUACUGAACUAUUUCCCUCGUGCUAUCUGCCAUAGAACAAGCACAAAUGAAGCAUUUUAAAGUGUUUCUCGUGUUAACUAUAAAAUAGAUUUAUAGUAUUUAAUAUUGUAUGAUUGUAAAGUAGAUUUGUAAUAUGAAUUGCACUAGUAUAAUGUAGAAUAUGAAACUGGAGGGUAUGUAGCAUAUUUCUUAAUUUCAAGUGUUUUCUGUAUAAAUUGGUCAAUCUAUUUUGAUGUAAUGCUUGGAAAUUUAUGUGAUAUCAUUGGCAGUUCCAAAUGCAAUUAAAUUCAUCUUCUUUGUAUCAGAAAUUUUCGACCAGAAACCUUAAGUUGGAACUUCCCAAUGAGUACCUCUGGGCUUUUCUUGAAUUAUAGAAAUGAAACAAAACUAACCAUUUGGGCAAAAUUUAGUUGAUACAUUGUCUCAAAGGCUGCCAAAUAUGGCAGGGCUUGUCUCACUCCUCAUUGUUACAAUUUCUUAGUUAAGAUUGAGCUGUCUGGGUGAUUUAUUGAAUAGAGCUUAUGCUCUUUUUCUCUCAGGAAGGUAAGGAA